AGAGAGGAGGAGAGGAUAAAGUUUACCUCGGCUCUUCAGCAACGCAACAUCGGAUAGAGUUCACUGUCAACACUUUGGCGGUCUGUCGAAGACAGCUGAUACGUGGCUGCCGAUCUUGACGCCUUAAUAGAUUUCAUGGAGUGCUUUUUUUGUUUUUUGUUUUUUUUUAAAUAGAAGGGGUGGCUUCCCGAGUAGUUGCGACUCCUGUCGCUAGCAAGUGUUAGCAAGCAGCGAAACUGUUGUAGGGAAAUAGUGGACAAAGUUUAUUACCUCAGCUCGGAGUGAGCGACUACUGAUUUAUCCGAAGCCGUCGGGGCGACUGGUUAUUCACCGCAUUUUUUUGGGAGACGUGGGAGAAGUGGCCCAGUCGAUGAAACCGAGAAGUGAUAAACACACCCAGCAGCAAACCAUAGCCAGUAACGCGAAUGCGCCGCACGGCACUGGAAUACAACUCCGUGGAAGGGAUAUCAUAAUUUUACCUUUGAUUUUUUUUUCUGUCGGUCAAGAUCAAGGUGAGCAGUUUAAUGAUCGAUGCGGUAGAUCGACGGAAAGUGUGAACAACGUGAACAUUUGAUUUUUGCUGGUCCAGUCCGAGGGCAGUCCGCCUGCCUGCCUGCCUGGGGGCUGGGAAAAUUAGCCUGGGCUUUGACAUUGUUUUCAGCUCAUAUUUAACCUACACACUCGACUGGUUGCAUACCGGGACUGGCGGUCAGUGUAUGGACGGACGCUGAGUUCCGAGAAUGGCAAGCGCCACCCAAGCCCGCAAGCCGUACCGCAAGGCGCCACCGCAGCACCGCGAGACGCGCCACAGCCUGCCAGCCUUCCGAGAAGACCUUAGCAGGAGCCCUCCAGGAUCCGGCAACCCCCCAGCUCCACCCCAGCCUGACCCCAGCCAGGACUCUUUAUCAGAUGCUGACAAAAUCAAGGUCCUGCAGCAGCAGAAUGAAGACCUGCGCCGUUGUCUUACCCACACGACCCACACAAUGGAGACCAUGGAGACAGAGUUUGAGAACACUCGGCACUACAUGCAGGGAGAGAUGAGCCGAACCAGAGAUGACCUGGAGAAGAUGAGGGACAAAUUCCGAAGGCUGCAGAACAGCUACACAGCCUCACAGAGAGCCAAUCAAGACCUGGAAGAGAAGCUGCAUGCCCUGCUUUGCAAAGUGGAGAGAGACAAGAAGACCAUGGAUCAGGAGAUAGUGGAGCUCACCAACAGGCUCGUGGAUGCCAAGAACACGAUCGACAAGCUGGAAGAACUAAAUGAACGUUACCGGCAGGACUGCAAUUUGGCAGUGCAGCUGCUGAAGUGCAACAAGUCCCAUUUCAGGAAUCACAAGUUUGCGGACUUGCCGUAUGAACUGCAGGAGAUGGUGAAUAAGCACAUGAAUAGGAGCCUGCCCGACAAUACCCAGAGUGCUCCGGGAGCCCAAGGGCAGGACGCAGACACGCUGAGCCUGACGCCCGCUGAUGUGGUGCCCACGUCCGUCAUCGCCCGUGUGCUCGAGAAGCCGGAGCCUCUGGUGCUCAACUCGGCUCAGUCCAGCAGCAGCGCUGGGCGGCCGGUGGCCGAGGACGUGUUCGUCCACGUGGACAUGACCGGCCCGCAGAACGAGAACGGCGGCCCCGGGCAUGCCCGGCGGAGCGGUGGCGGCGGCGCAGCCGACCCGCAGCACCUCAACGGCGCCUGUCGCUCGCAGGCCAGUGCGGACGGGCCGUCGGGCGGCGGCGACGACGCGGCGGCGACGGCACCCUCCUUCGAGAAGCUGAACCCCUACCCUGCUCCACCCCCACCACACCCUCUCUACCCUGGCCGCAAGGUGAUCGAGUUCUCCUCCGACGACAAGGUGAAGAUCCCCAAGAACAGCCCGCUGCCGAACUGCACCUACGCCACUCGUCAGGCCAUCUCCCUCAGCCUGGUGCAGAGCGAGGAGGAGGCCGGGGGGGGCGGUGGCGAGCGCCAGCGCACCGUCCCCAGCAGCCCCGCCACGUCCGACGGGGGCUGGUGCUCCAGGACCUCCUCCUCCUCGGGCGGGGGCCACGCGCCUCCUCUGCGCCCGCCGCGGCAGCCGGACGCCCCCGACCCCCUGUCCAGCCAGUCCAGCCCGUUCAGCAGCCCGCCACAGCCGCCCAGCACCUUCACCAGCUCAGGCAGCUCCGAGGAGGACCUGCUCAACAACUGGCAGCGCAUGUUCGUCGAGAAGACCGCGCCAUCCUCGACGGGAGUCCUGCUUAACCGCACCUCCUUCAGCAGCGAGACGGCCAAGGAGCUGCAGAGGAGCCAGCGCGGGGGCAGGCAGGUCAGGGGCGCCUACUCGGACGGCGAGGAGGGCUCGUCCGCCCCGAGCUGGACGGCCAGCAGGGAGUCCAGCCUGGACACGGACACGAGCAGCGUGGCGGACCUGCGCACCAAGCGCGGCCACUACGGCACCGACUUCUCCCAGGAGGAGGGUGAGCACUUGCUGAUGGCGCUGGACAACGAGGACAGCAGCAGCAGCGGCGCCGUCGGCCCGGGCGGCCGGGCCCCUGCCGAGCAGCGCGAGUCCGCCGAAGACGCCGCAUCCGCGGGCAGCUCGGCCGAGGAGCGGGAUGUCCUGCCGCAGGACUUCCCAGUCAUCAGCUCCAGGGUCGUGGAGGACUACACGGACAAACCCCCUCCUCAUCGGCACCACCCCCAGGGAGGCUCCACCCGGCCACAGAAGAGCCCCAAACGGAUGGGGGUCCACCACCUGCACCGAAAGGAUAGCCUUACCAGAGCACAGGAGCAUGGGAACCUGCUGGACUGAGGUCACGGGCUGACCCCCUAUCCUGUCAUCUACAGUGAUCUUCUCAUCACUGGCCGUCACGAGUCUUAGCAGCCCAUGUGGGGAAGCAGCGGUCGAGUCGGAAUUGCGCUAAGCUGUACCCAGGCUGCCCUCCGUUUUGUUUUGGCUUUUGUUUUGUUUGUGUGGGAUUGUUUUUGUUUUGUUUUUUUGUUUGUUUGUUUGUUUUCUUUGUUUUUGGCACUGACUCAUUACUGUAACUCUUCAGUCACUUGUUAGAGGUGAGAAGUUUACUUCAGUAUGGUAUUUACGGAAAAAUGCAAGUUGCCAUUUUAAGAAGUUGAUCCGAAACGUCCCCACAUCAGCGGAACAGUGCUUCAAGUGUCUUAUAAGAACGUCGGUGUGUGAGAAAACAGUCCAUUUCAACACGCUGAAAGGUAUCCAGAAUGCCCAGCUGUGUUGUAAAUGAGAAGACCACCACAGGAUAUAGCCAUAUAUAGACACCUCCACUUAUGGCCCGUGUAGUGUAAUAGGGGCAUCCAGACGGAACACUAUCACUUGUUGCUGUUGUGCUGGGAACUGAAACUGGAGUGGCACACAAAAUGGAAGCAAGGACUUCCUCUUCUGCCCUGGGGAUUACCAGUGUGAGCCUUCUGUCUCCAGGAAGGGCAUUCCAGCAGUGUGGCAUGCAAAAGAUAGUGCAGAUGUCACAUAAUCUUAGGGAUUGUGUUGUCGACUUACAGUGCCUAACCCUUUUUCUGACUAAGGGGUUUCUCUGUUCACCCUUUAAGUCAGCUUUUAGCUCAUACGGAACUGAAAAGAACCUUCUCUACCACGUACUCUCUCUUCUCACAUCUCUCUGCGUUGAUCUACCACUGUAAUUCUUGACCCAACUAAAAGAGAACUUUUUUUUUUUUUUUUAAGAGAGUGAUUUUGAUUAUGAAUUUUAUUUAGUCAAGUAUUCUGAUUCAGUUUUUGUUUUCAUGUACCUUGAUGCUUUUUCGUUUGACUACUGAUAUUUAAACCAGAGAUUUGUUUUAAAGCAAAUAUUUCGUGCUCUGUGUGUUUAUUUGCUUAGAUUUUUACUGUUUGUGUCAAAUUAUUAGUGUGAAAACAGUAAAACAAUUUUCCUGUGAAUUCCCACAUCACAGUGAGCACUUAAAUCAGAGGUGUAAGAACACUGUAGCUAAACAAAAGAAUACACACACACACACUUCUUAAUUUAGAUUAGAAGUUUCUGAAAUUAUUGUAGGUAGACAAAAUGACCUUAAGACGAACAGCAAUUUACUGUAAUAAGUUACCUUCUUAAAACUCUGGUUUUAUCCGGCCUCUGCGGUUUCUGUGCUGUGUUCAAAACUCAGUAUUGGACAGAAUCAUUUCAGUAAUGGCCAUUCACUUCAGUAAGAACUUGCCCUUUGUUGUGUCCAGCUACAUGGGCAGUAAUCUGUUCUCUUGUCAGCUGCUGUCAGCAUUGUCACUGGAGGCCAUAUACUCUAAUAGCAUUUACAUGGAACUAUGCACACAGUAAAUUUAGACAACUGAAUUAAACUGUAGGUAAUUGCCAGUUGUUACCAACCUCACUGUUUUGUAAGAGGACACUCAGUAAGGCACCCCCUUUACUCUUCUGGGCCAUAAAAUAAUAAAGAUUUGCGCUCACCAAUCAGC